AUGAGUCAGCCUGUAAAUCAAACAACUAGAGUUCAACCUCAAAAUUUAGCUCGCAACUUGCCUCAAAACGCUAAUAUUCUCAUCAAUACGUCUUUCGAUAAUCUUACGGUAGACCAAAAAUAUGAAAUUUUAUCUAAAGUCUCAGAGAUUAUUGAAGCUGGUCACUGCCAUAUUGCGUUUCCUAAGGAAGAUUCUUUGCGGGUCACUACAGUCGGCCUACACCUAAAUACUACCGAAAAUAACUGA